CAUUUAAGGUUAAAGGAUGAUUAAAAACCUUGUGAUGAGCUGAACCAUGCAAAGAAAGCCCAUAACACUAUACUUAAGUUUUUUGCUGUGCUCCAUUGCUGGAUAAGAAGGCGAAGUUUCUUUGAAUCAAAGCUGAAAACGGAUAUUUAAAGACGGCAUAUGCUCAUCCAUUGUGCUCUCUUGUUGCAAAGAAGAAAAAUGUAGUGUUACCUGAGGAUAAACAACAUCAAAGAUGGAUCUAAUUGUACCAGAGAUGCUCCAUUAAACAGAAAGAGGUUCAUGGAAAACUUCACUUUUUUUUUUAAAUUAAAUAAACUCUUCAUAGAGAAAGGAUCCCAGAUGUAGUGAGGAUGGAAAAAAAACUAUUCACAGUACAAAAACGAGGAGAAACACGUGCCCUUUGUUGGGGGAUUGGAAUGAUAGUUUGCGCUGUUAUGAUGUCCUCUGUUUUUGGAUUCACAGUGGUGCCAAAAUUUUUAAAGAGUGUCUGGACAGAAGAAUCUGUUUGUACAGUGGUCAAUUCUUCCUUCAAAGAGAAAGUCAGCUGCACUUAUGAUACGAAUGCAGAAUGUGAUAAAAGCUCAUAUUAUCCCUGCCUCGAAGUGCUUGUGAAUGUGAAUUUCUCACAGCAUAUAUACAUGUUAUAUCACACAGAGGAAACACCAGAGAUGAACGAUCAGUGCUCGUACAUACCCAAAUGUGAGAAAAAUUACACUGAAGUGAAAAUGCACGUCGACAUCAUUCAAGAAAACUUCAUGAAAAACCAGCCUUUCACUUGUUUCUAUGACCCCAAAGGAGGACAGAAGAGUAUCAUUUUGUCACGGAAAUUUGGCUUGAAACUGUUAAUUUCAUAUUUUUUCUGGCCAGCUUCCAUGUUCACUGUUGGGCUAUGUAUUGUAAUUAUGGUAAAGAUAAGUCAAUAUCUGGCCAUGGUGGCUGUGCAAUCCAACAAAGUUAUCAUUAGAUAAUUGCACCAUUUGCCCUCCUCCUGAAUAUUCCAGGGGCAAUUAUGUUUACUCUAAGGACAUACCACUUUUUUACUUAAAGUGCAAUAUACAGGAGAUUCAUAAAAAUCAAAACACUGUUGGGUAGCAAAAAUAAAAAGUCAUCAUACAUACAAAGGGGGUUAUGAAACAAAGUGCCCAGAAACAGUAACCCAUAGCAACCAAUCAGCAGGUAGAAUUUACUGGUCACCUGUUUAAAAGCAAAAAUCUUAUUGGUUGCUAUGGGUUACUGCCACUGGGCAAACUUAGUGCCUUUUAUGGUUGUAUAUGUAAAUAAAAUAUAAGCAUAAAGCUGGAUGGAAUUCAUGAAGAGAUUGAAUUCCAUAUUUGACUUAUUGUUGUUUCUAUAAUAUUUUUGACCAGUUACAUUGCUCAUUCCAGUAGGAUGCUUCUCUGCCCUGGUUGGGAUCAUCUGUAACCAGUUAAAAUAAUCCCCUGCGAGUAACAUUGCUCUGACCAGAUAUAUUACUCUGUAUAUUUUAUCAUAUUAUUCUUUGGCUGGGUAUGUUAGCUUUGGUCCUCAUGGGUGAAACUAUAGGUCCCCUAGGUGACUUCUCAGUGGUAGGGACAUUAAGUGAGGUGGCCUGGAAUCUGUAAAUAUGCUCCCCCCCCAAAAAAUGAAAACUAAAGUGAAACUAUAUGCAUAUGACCCCCUUAAAGGUGCUCAUAUUACCCCAUUUAGAACAGAUAUUGGCUGUGUGCAUAUUACCUCCUCACUGAGCCCUACCAUUGCCUAGCCCAAUAUCGUUCAGCACACAAGACUUCUGUUUGUCAAUGCCGGAAAGGUUCUUUCGGGCAGUAUUAGCAGGAAUGCUUACUGGUUCUAGUAGUAACCUAGUAAAGGCUACCAACAAUAUACAGUGGUCUUGGAAUGGAAUGUCGAAGGGGAGAGAAAAGGCACAGCACAGGGAGGAGACAGAAUGUGCAUCAGUGGUGUAAUGAGAUGUUACUGGGCACCACAGCAAAUUCAAUUUAGGUCGCCAUAACAUUUCUUAAUUGACUAAUUUAACCAAGAUAUAUGGAAAGUGUGCGUUAAAUAGGGGCUUACACUACUUGACCCCCCCCCCCGGAAUCGCAGGGUCUGCUUCCUCUGUAGCUCCCAAUGUGCAUAGCCCAUCUGUUAUAGUGUCUCUCUCCUCCAUUAUAUUAUAGUUUCCUCUGUACUUUCAUUUCCAUGGGACUGUUCAUUGCAAACUGUGUGAUAAAAAUUCUGAUUCACACAAAAUGACUUUUAUAUCUCUACUUUCCAACACCACAAUGUUUCAUAAACAGGCAAACAAUGUAUUUAAUUGCAAAGUAAAAUUGCCGGCGCUGACUAAGCAUUUUGUACACCUUGAUUUUGUAUUUUUCUUUCACUGAAAGAAUAAAAAUUGAAAGUUUA